AAAAUAAGACCGCCCGUUCCCAAACACUACCUCACAAUAAGAACACGCGCCUUGAGCUUAGCCCCAGCCUGAAAUCUAGCGCGACUCCUCGUCAAGCAGCUUCUCUCAACUCAAUUCCGAUCUGAUACGACGCCGUCUCCUCUCUUUCUCUCUCGCUCAGGGGAGGUAUUUAAGGAGACAGACGCAGGCAAGGUUUUGUAGGAAAGGGGGUUUUGGGGAUUUGCGACGACGAGACAAGGAUUUGUGAUCAUGCCGGGGCAGAAGAUUGAAACGGGCCACCAGGAUGUUGUUCAUGAUGUUGCCAUGGAUUACUAUGGAAAGCGUCUAGCAUCAGCUUCAUCUGAUAUGACCAUUAAGAUAAUUGGUGUCGGCAGCAAUGCGGGUUCACAGCACCUUGCUACGUUGUCCGGUCACAGAGGUCCUGUAUGGCAGGUGGGUUGGGCGCAUCCCAAGUUUGGGCCGAUCCUUGCUUCGUGCUCGUAUGAUGGCCAAGUGAUAAUUUGGAAGGAGGGUAAUCCAAAUGAGUGGCAACAGGCUCAUGUUUUCAAUGAGCACAGUUCAUCUGUAAAUUCCAUUUGUUGGGCGCCUCAUGAACUUGGCCUCAUCUUAGCUAGUGGUUCUUCUGAUGGGAACAUCUCCGUUUUCACUGCUAGGGCAGAUGGUGGUUGGGACACCACUAGGAUAGACCAAGCACACCCUGUUGGAGUAACCUCCGUUUCGUGGGCCCCAUCAAUGGCUCCUGGUUCUUUAGUUGGAACUGGCAUGCUUGAACCUGUUCAGAAGCUGGUCUCUGGUGGCUGCGACAAUACAGUGAAGGUGUGGAAAUUGUACAAUGAGACUUGGAAGAUGGAUUGCUUCCCUGCUCUUCAAAUGCACACAGAUUGGGUGAGAGAUGUAGCCUGGGCACCCAACUUGGGACUUCCCAAGUCCACCAUUGCAAGUUGUUCACAGGACGGAACAGUGGUUAUCUGGACUGUGGCCAAAGAAGGCGAUCAAUGGCAGGGGAAGGUAUUGAAGGAUUUUAAGACCCCUGUUUGGAGGGUGUCAUGGUCACUAACAGGAAACCUACUGGCCGUGGCCGAUGGAAAUAACGAAGUAUCAUUGUGGAAAGAGUCUGUUGAUGGUGAGUGGCAACAAGUGAGCACAGUCGACCCAUAGGUUUUCUCUUUAUUUCUACUUUCCAGUUAAUGUCAUUAGUGUUCUUGUGAACUAGACCUUAGCACACAUUUCUCUUACUUUCAUUUGAAAUACUUUGUGUAUUGGCUCUAAUGUGGGACAAAAUGAUUGUGGUUUGCUGUUGUAAUCGAUUGGAGUCUAUCAAUCCAAUGUGUGUUUCCCCUCUUUA